AAAAAUAAUAAAAAAAGUAAAUAUCGUUGCUGUUGCUGCCAUUUUGUGGGAUUCUUUUGAUUAUAACUUGCGUUUUUUAGAAAAAAUUGCCUGAAAAUCGCAGUGUUUCGUGAAAUCUAAGAUUUUUAGUUGCAUUUUAUAAUCAACACACAGUAAAAUAUGGCAGCAAGCGACUCCGGGACAGAUGAGUCACUGUAUCCCAUUGCGGUACUUAUUGACGAACUGAAGAACGAAGAUGUCCAACUUCGCCUCAAUUCCAUCAAGAAACUGUCCACAAUCGCCCUUGCACUGGGUGUGGAGCGUACCAGGUCCGAACUGAUCCCGUUUCUGACCGAAACCAUCUAUGAUGAAGACGAAGUAUUGCUGGCUCUGGCAGAACAGUUCGGAAACUUCAUCAACUUGGUUGGUGGUGGUGAAUAUGCCCACUGCCUACUCCCUCCCCUCGAGUCCCUGGCUACGGUCGAGGAGACCGUGGUGCGGGACAAGGCCGUGACAUCUCUCCGAGCUGUGGCCGCGCACCACACUCCUCAGGCUCUGGAGCAGCAUUUUGUUCCGUUGGUGCAGCGCCUGGCCGGUGGUGAUUGGUUUACUUCUAGAGCCUCGGCUUGCGGACUCUUCAGCGUCUGCUACCCCCGCGUAUCGGCGCCGGUCAAGGCUGAACUGCGCCAACAUUUCUGCUCGCUGUGUCAAGACGACACGCCUAUGGUGCGCCGCGCGGCCGCUUACAAGCUGGGAGAGUUCGCGAGGGUCGUCGAAGUGGAGUAUGUGAAGAGCGAUCUGAUACCAAUGUUCGUUAAUUUGGCACAGGAUGAACAAGACUCGGUGCGCCUGCUAGCAGCGGAGGCCUGCGCUGCCGUGGCCGCCCUGCUGCCUCGCGAGGACAUGGAGCAGCUCGUGAUGCCCACCGUGAGGGCCAGCGCUGGGGACACAUCAUGGAGAGUCCGAUACAUGGUGGUCGACAAGUUUGUGGAGCUCCAACAAGCCGUGGGCCCCGAACUGACUCGCACUGAUCUGGCGCAGAUCUUCCAGGCUCUGUUGAAGGACACAGAGGCGGAAGUGAGGGCCGCCGCCGCCGGGAAAGUGAAAGACUUCUGCAAGAAUCUGGACAAGGCGCACCAAGAGCACAUUAUAAUGACAAUGAUCCUCCCGCAAAUCAAGGAUUUAGUCUGCGAUCCCAACCAACACGUCAAAUCUGCCCUCGCUUCAGUCAUCAUGGGCCUAAGUCCUAUCGUAGGCCGGCAGAACACUAUUGAGCAUUUAUUGCCAUUAUUCCUCACACAGUUGAAAGACGAAUGCCCAGAAGUGAGACUGAAUAUAAUUUCAAACCUGGAAUGUGUCAACGAAGUCAUCGGAAUACAACAAUUAGUCCAAUCCCUCUUGCCAGCGAUCGUCGAACUAGCUGAAGACACAAAAUGGCGUGUACGCUUAGCUAUCAUCGAACAUAUGCCUCUAUUAGCCGGACAACUUGGACAGGAAUUCUUUGACGAGAAACUGACAGGAUUGUGCAUGUCUUGGCUCAUCGAUCACGUUUACGCAAUCCGUGAAGCUGCAACGCUCAAUUUGAAGAAGUUGGUCGAGCAGUACGGAUCCCAAUGGGCUGAAACCAACGUUAUUCCUAAAGUACUGGCCAUGUCGCGUGAACAGAACUAUUUACACCGCAUGACUUAUUUAUUCUGCAUAAAUGUUCUAUCAGAAGUGUGCGGCAAAGAUGUGACCACUAGAGUUUUGCUACCAACCGUUUUGUCUAUGGCCGAUGACAAUGUUGCCAACGUAAGAUUCAACGUGGCCAAGACGUUGCAGAAAAUGGCGCCUUUCCUAGACCCGGCCGUGAUCCAGCCUCAAGUGAAACCUGUUUUGGAGAAACUCAAUGUGGAUCCAGAUGUGGACGUAAAAUAUUUCGCCUCCGAAGCGAUUGCGGGCAUAGCUGGUUAAUUGCCAUUAAAAUAAAAUAUAUUAUCUACUUAAUUAAUAUUUGCUAGGAACGUACUAGUUACUUUGUGUUAGAAUUGUGUUGGAAAGUUGAGGUGUUAUAGAAACUGCGGCUAAUUUGUAAGUUCAUGUCAUCUUGUGGCACUGUAAAAAAAUGUUGCCAUCUUUGUUUCAUAAAAAUAAAUAUCUGUUCAAAAUGUUGACCAUCCAAGAGAUAAGUAAGAUUGGACUUUUUAAUUUUCCAACACAAUACUUUAACAGACUACCUAGCAUGUUUUUAGUUCUAAAAUCAAAUAACAAAAUUAUCCUAAAAACUUAACACCCUUACAUGAGCAAAUUUGCUAGCAUUUGAAAUUAUGAAAUUACAGUAAUUAUAUUUAUUAAGGUUUGUAGUGCUAUCAGUAAGAGCUCUAUUAAAACGCACGAGGUGCAAAAAUACUUGUAUUUUGGGUACCGAUACCACUGCCUUUCGUGAUACUGAAACCAUACUAGUAUCAAAAAAUACCGCUACUAAUUAAUACCAACAAUGGAAAAGGCGAAAUGACACCUCAUGCGCAAAAGGGGUCGAUACAUCUUAAGGUUUAGUAUCGGUACCCGAAUAGUUAAAAGGAAAGUACCGGUACUUGAACUGACCAGGGUUAUCCCUGUAUCAAGCCCCGACCACUUGUGGUCAUAAUCUUGGAACCCAGUAUUUUUUGUAGUGCUUUUACUAUUAGAGCUACUGGUCACACUGUAUGUAAUUAGUGAACCGAAUAAGUCGGUGUCGUAGUUAUAAUUUCAUUCCGAAAACUUGAUAAUUUGUACCUCGUAAUGUGAAUAAAAUAUGAAAAUCCA